UUCUAGAAAACAGACAACAGAUGACAAUAUUCACUACAAUGACAAGGUCACCUCGCAAAUAGAUGACUAAUUGUACUUUUGUAUUUACAGAAAAGGAGAACGAAAGAAAUGUAUCAUGUUUGAGCCGGUGUGGAAAGAAGCUGAUAAAGUAAUACAAUAUAUGCCCACGGUAAAGAAGGUGUAUGAUGUAUGUAUAGAACGUAUAGAAGGCCAUGGAAAAUGAAACCAUGGGUUGACAGGGAGGUGUGGUAUGUUAAAAUGACCACUGUGCUGAAUAAUUAGUAGUAAUAUUGUUAUGAGAUUUAUUUUUAAAACUGAUACAUAAUUAUAACUACAGCAGAACAAGCCUUGAGAUUUUAAAGUAAUGCCACAGAAGAGACUAAUUUGAUGUUGUGAAGCGAGUGUACAAAUUUGAAUAAAGCUGAAUUGAAAAUACAAUUUAAAAUAAGAAAAACAACUAACUGAAUAAAAUUCAUAGUGACAACGUCAGUCCGAGUGCUCAUGUGAGUUGAAAAGUUCAGCUCUUGUAGUGCGCCAAAAAUAUGUGCAAGUGAGGUUAUGUGUGCCAUAUAUGUUUGACAUGCAAACAUAUGUGCAGCUUAUGACACUAAUAAAAUCGGCAGAGACUUUUUAGUGGAAGAGUGUACUCUAGUGAGAAAAUGGCAGAUAAUUUGGAGCAGCAGUCUGAGUUAUUUGGAGGCAGCGAAGAUGCAAGUUCUAUGUGUGAUGAAGAAAGAGUUAGAAAACUUUUCCAAGCUUGUGAUGGGGAUGGAGAUGGAUAUAUUGACAGUCAGGACUUGCUCACCGUGUGUCGAGAGUUGAACCUAGAGGACUCUCUAGAGGAACUGAUGCGGGAGUUGGGUGCUGAUGAACAAGGGCGCAUAUCAUACCAAGAGUUCCUGAGAAGGCGCUUGGCAUUGCGCCCUGAAAUAGAUGCUCUGAGGGGAGGCGAUAGCGCAGGUACUCAGGUGCACUGCAGGGGGACUCCAGAGUACCUACCGACGAGCAGCGAUAACAGUCUAGGGGCAGCGUCGGGAGGUGGCAAGCUGCACGAGAGCUGGGAAUUCGAUUCUGGUGCCCGUGACUUGAGCCCAGAGCCCCACACCCUGCAGAAAUUGGUGGAAGCAGCUGGAGGUUCCCUACUCACAUCUGGUGCUACAGGCAACAUGCUUGAUCUUGCCAAUAAGCUACACUUGGCAGCACUUGCUUCGUUAAAGGGUGAAAUCUUGGACUUGUCAAAUCGUCUACAUACUGUAACACAGGAACGAGAUCUUCUGGAAAAGACACUCAGCAAGACACAGCUGGAGAAACUCCAUUUGCUAGCAGAGACAGAGGAGCGGGCUGAAUUACAAGCUCAGCAUUAUGAAGAGAGGCUCACUGAACUGCAUUCUGUCAUAGCUGAGCUGAGUCGGAAAAUUGACCGACAGCGAGCACUUGUCAUACGUGAAGAAGAUGACAUAUCUGAAAAUGAAGAUCCAGAAGUCAGUCGCUGUGAGGCUGAAGGCUCAACAGCGAAUUUGGCCGAUGAUUCUGAACUUCAGGAUGGUGACCGAACGCUUGGUGAUGCAGACUCAAGUAGUGGUGACUGCUGUGAGAAUCAGCAUCAGCAAGGAGAGGGGGCUGAGAGCCCCACAGAUGAACCUCUGCCCACUGCCAAUGGACCUCAACCUCACAAGAAGGAGACUGCAACUUCUUGUCAUAGUCUACAGAUGGCAGCACUUGCUGAGGAACUGGCACAAGUGCGAGCAGAGAAUGCAGCAUUACAAGAGCAGUUGGUCCGGCAAGAAGAAGACCUCAGUCGAGCCCGUGGGAUUCUUGGAGGUCUGAGGGGGGAUCGAGACCGAUUGCGAAAAAAGAUUCGUGAGGUGGAAGGCAAGCUUCAACAGGAUACCCCACACUGUGCCACCUCAGCCCCUGCACCCUGCCCUGUUGGCACCCCUGCUUCUAACAUGGCAGUGGUCCCUCAGGAUGACAUGCCAGUUUGUAAGGUUGCAGAACGAGUUGUCCUGCGUAAGAUGGAUAACAAUCGACAAAUCACUGGCUCUCAACUUGCAACGUAUGGAGUAUGCAACACUGUCCUAGCCGAGAGUUUGGUUAGUGAACUCCAAGAGGCAGAUCUGCAGGAGCUCAGCCGCAGCGAGGCAGUACGAAGACAGUACGAGAUAGAGACUGAGAGGCUUACAAGCAGGCUGGAGCACGCACGUGCGCAGAAUGCAGUCCUAGCACUCACACUAGAUGAAAGCAAGACACAGUGUGACAGGUUGAGUCUGCUAGUGGGGAAAUAUGAAUCCAAUGCUACAGCACUGAGGUUGGCACUGACAUACAGUGAUAGAGCAAUAGAGGCAUAUGAUGUCCUGGUGGCAUUACUGGAGAGCGAGCUGGGUCUGUUGCUUGCCAAUUGCCGGGCAGCAGGCAUUGGCAACCAGAUUAACAUGAGAGCAGACAAUGACAGUGGAACAGACGGAGACAAUGACUGUGCUGGAGAGGUGGCUGCUCUACUGAGACGUGCUGGUGAAAACCGCCAGGCAGCAGAGACAGUAGCAAGACAUCUGCUAUCAAGACUUGACAAUGCCAGCACCACUGGCGGCAUGGGUCCAUGGGAUGACUACAGCCAUACUACCAGUACAAGUUCAUCCAGUGACUGCUGUAGUGAGUGGGGACAAGGGGAGGAACGUAGGUUACGAGAUCAUAUUGGCAAGCUAAAGACAGACCGCAGCUCUGUAAGAGCAACAGUUGUAGAACUGGAGAGCUGUCAUGCAGAGCCUCUGUCAACCAGGCAACCAAUGUCAUUGGCUGAAGCCCGUAAAUUGGAUCUGGAAACUGCAGUUCUCAUGCAGGAGCUGAUGGCUAUGAGAGAAGACAAGGCUGAGUUGCGAGCUCGGGUGUACUUGCUGGAGAAAGAACGGUCAGCACUGGAACUAAAACUUAGUUCACAGGAGGCUCACCAGGCAGCACAGGAAGCCACAGUGCAGCAUCUGCAGGUACAGCUUCAGGACGUAGAGAGACGGUUACAAGCCCAACACCAACAGGAUCUGGGAUGUGAAGGGGAGGAUGGUGAGUCUGAAUUGGCAGAUGCUCUUAGGCGAGAAGCAAGACUGAAAGAACGUCUGCAAGAAUUAGUUACAACAUUGGAGAAGGUUGGGAAGAAUUCUGAAUUACGCCAUCAGCAAUCUGCUGACUUAGUGAAUGAUCUUAAACGUGCUAACAGUGCACUUGUACAGACACUUGAAAGAUCCAAAAAGAAAUACCAAUCCCGACUGAAGAAACUGGAACAACAGAUGCUGGGGAUGGUGGAGAGGCACUCAGCACAGGUGAGAACACUGAAACAAAAAAUUAAUACUCUUGAAGAAGAACUUGCAACUUCAAAGUCAAACAGUUUCCACUCACAUCAGCAACCAGGCAACCAAUCACACAGUUCAGGAGCAAGUGAGACUUCGUUGUGACAGAAGAUAUAGCAAACCACAUUGCAACACACCGAAACCCCCAUAUAAGGUUUCUCUGAGUAGCUGUGGAUUUGAACACUACACUGAAGAAAUUCAUAAAAGGAAGAAAUGUAUCGCUAUGAUUAUUGACUUGGGAUCACUGAAAUUGAACACUGAGGGAGAACCUAUAGGCAGUGAGCCUUAAAUGGGGGAUCUUUUGUAGGAUCCACAUGAAACCUGUCUUAAGAGUUGGUACUCUUCAGCAUGAUAAAAGGUCUCGUUACUAAAAAAAUGGCUAAUUAACCUUUAUUGACAUUGUGUUGCAUGAUUGUAAUGGUGCAUGCAUGUGAUAAAGCAGGUUGAGCUUUGCAUAUUUUAUCAUUACCCCCAAGUUAAAAUGCAGCUGUAGUGCCAAUGGAUUUAAAAUACCCACUUCAUGGACAAUGAAAGUUAAACAGUGAUGCCAACGAAAUAAUAAUUGGGAGUUCAUUCUUUACAGUGGCCUGUUUUUGAGAAUAAAGUAUCAAUAUACAUUUGUUAAGGCCUACUGAAAUAUGAUGAGCUAAUUGUUUAAUAACCCUUGGCUCAAAGAAACAGUUCCUUGUUACCCUGAUGAAAUAAAUCUAGUAUUUAAAGUUAUGUUCAGUGCUCUGGUGAAAUGAUGUACAUUUAAUUUUUGCCCCCACAGAAUUUAUUCUAUAUGAAAUUUCGUCAUAAUUAUUCUAUCGUGUUUCUUGUAAUUUUAGGGGGGGGGGGGCGAGAUCAGAGGGAAAAUAAAAUUUCAGCAGAGAAUAUUGAAAGAACAGCAAACUUGAUUUGAGAAUAAAAUUAUGCAGGUAUUGGCCUUAGUUUUAAAAGAUACCAAACAAUUUGUUACAACAUUUCUUGGUGCUCUUUAAGAAUAUAAGUUGCUCAGAAGUGAAGAAAUACAUUAUAUAAUGGCUCUAAUUGAUUAAAAUUUUAAGACACUAUCCUAAUACAAACUAAUGCUUUCAUAAUUAUUGGUUCAGUCACUGUUCUGUACCGUCUUGAUGAAGCAGGUUGUGGAUAUGGAACUUGUGCCCUAGAAAUGCAGACUAAUUCACCUCACAUAACUGAAGGCAUUAAUGAUAUUUGCAGCAACCAUCAUAUCUGAAGAUAUUACAGCAUCAGACAUUGAAUCCUGAAUUAGAGGGAAUGUGGCAUUAAACUCAGGGACUUUUGUCUACUAAUACUGGAAAAAAUGUAAUUGCAUUACAGAUCAUGAAAGCAGAUAGCUUUGAUAUGGUUGCCACUGGACAUAUCCAGAAAAUAUCGUGUAGAAAAAGAAAUGUUUUACCACUUAUGUUUAUUUCAUUAAACUCUACAUAUUUAUUUAAAAUAUUUCUGUUCAGUUAAUAUGAGUUAGAUAUCUGUGAAAAUGAAUUCUAAUCGACCUGAUUGUAGACUAUAAUCUGAUAAUUGGAAGUGUAAAGUCAGGUUCUCUGUGGUUGCUGGAGAUGAUCAUACAAAAUAUCCAUGCCAUGAGCAAGAAUUAAACCUGUAAGCUCUGAUUUUUAGUGUACCUCGUCCAGUCUCUGAUCUGUGAAUAGUUAAUCUGCAUUGUAUUUAUCAUUAGGCUCUAAUAUGACAAUAAUAGUGAUGGUAGUGGUGGUGAAGAUGGUGUUGAUAACAGCAGUAUGCUUUUGGUCAUGUGUUUGAUUCUACAAAUGAUCAUCACUACUGCAAGGAAAUGAUGACUUUCUAUAAAUUACUCUCACAAGGAAACCUGUGUGAUAAGUACAGAUUCUUAGUGCUUGAAUAAUGAAAAGAAUGACCAUUUCCAUGUUGGAAUUUGUUGACAGAAAAAUAUGGAAAUACUAACUCUGUUUGUUCUUAGGCUUCACAAAUAAAGGGUGAUCAUCGUAAUCAUCUGUCAGUCAGGGAGUUUGUGCCACUUGGAUUAUUUCAGUCCUGUUUGUCCAGUAGUCUCUUUGAAGAGCUUUCCCAGUUCCUUCUUCUCUUUGAUUUACACUUUGUGUAGUUUCAGAGGUCUGUUUGUUUGCAUUCUGUGGAAAUGUUGGAUCUGUUUGGUUUUAUAAAGGCUCACAUAAUCAACAAAGUGUGACAAGUUAACAGAGAAAUGUAUUUACCAGUUGUUGGUUAUGUGGAAUCAGAAGUGGCUAUAAAAUGAAAGCUGUGAUGUUCAUAGCAAACAGUGUUUUUUGAAAUAUGUGAAACAAUUUUUUGUAACAGAUACUCCCAAGCUGAUGCACUGAAUAAUUUUACGUCUGAAUUCAGUUAGUCUCAUAACACUUCUACUCCACUGAUGGAGACAAGCAUAAAGGGGAUUAUUUCUUAAUGUGAAUGUUAAUAU